UGUGUGUGUGUGACACUGAUGGAUGCGCCAAUGGAAAGACGGACAGAUGCUUGGGCGGAUCUAACGGCAUGCAGUGGUGAGAGCGGGCGCACACAGUCUCGGCGAGAUUAGGGCGAAAACAUCCUCGAUCGGCGGAGAGUCACCCAAUCACCGACCCCUUCCCCACCGAGCCCCCGGUGGAAACGUAGCAGGAAACGGACAAACUCCCCAGGUUUUACCCGAGGAGCGACACGUGGAGAAAGAAAGAGGCUGAGGAGAUCUGAUUCCCUCGGCGGAUCCGACGGGAAGAAAAAAGCCGUUUCUCCGGCUAUUGAUGAGCGCGAGAGACGAGGCGCAGCGCAGCAGCACCACAUCUGGCGCAAAGGAGGACAGGAGGACUUGCCAGAACCGAAUGGAUUUUUAUGAGAUGGUUUCAGGCACGUUUCGGCUGGUCCACCUUUUGGCUUUGAAUUGCGCGUGAUUUUCCCGGGGAGGGAGAAAAAAAAGAGCAACAAAUAAAUAAAUUAAAAAAAAGCUCAUGGAUAGCGCGGCGGAGGAUCAGCCCGUAAACUCGCCUGUUGCAGCCUCCGACGCCAAGUAAAGAGGAUCACACGGAGACAGGAGGCGCUUUCUUUUUUUUUCUUUUUUCCUUUUUUAAACCACCGUACUCUGUGUUUUUCUACCGCGGAGAGAGCCCCCCCUCCCCUCGAUCUGUUCCUGCUCCCGCCGCGUCCAUCCAAGAGUCGGAGCGGGCGAGAGAGCGACCGAGCGACCGCCAGAGAGAGAGCAGCCAACCGGAGGAGUCACGCUGAUUUUUUGCCCCCCUCCUCCUCUCUCCCUUUUUUUUAUUAUCUUCGCAUCUACUGGUGAUUUCUUUUUUUUUUUUUUUUUUUUUGGUGUGUGUUCGAAAACUGCACACCCUCCCCUCCUUACCCACACCCACCCCGAUCUAUGUGGGAGCCCUGAGAGCGCACCCAGGGGGGUGGGAAACUGUGUAUCAAAGCUCCGCGGAUCCCCCAAAAGCAGCAUCGAAUCACCGGGGCCAGAGAAGAACUCCCUGCCGGGCCCCCGAAGCCGAUAUGCCGCGGAGGAAGCAGGAGGCGCCUCGGCGCGCCGCAGCAUACGUCCCUGAAGAUGAGAAGGAAGCAGCCCUGCUGGAUGAGGACCUGGAUGGAGAUGACUCAGCUCAGGAAGGGGAGGAGCCUGUUGCCAAGUUCUUAUGUCAGGACAAGGACUUCCUUCUUAAGGACAGGCCAGGAUCCACUGGCUUUCAUGACUCCCCCAAUGCAGCUGACUUUUCUGGACAAGAGCUGGACAGUGAGUCUCACCUGAGUGAAUCCAGUGACAGAAUGUCUGAUUUUGAGAUCUCCUCACUUAAAACUGAGGAUGAUGUCCUCCUCUCUAAAGACCCCUCCAAUGCCAUUUCCCUAUCGUCCUCCUCUGUCAUGAUGGCUGCUGCCAAUGCUGCUGCCCCAGUAAGUGGAGAUGAGGCCAUAUUAACCACAACGGGGUCAGUGGCUGACAGCCUGGAGAAGAUGAAGGCCAUUUACACCUCCUUCCUGACCAACUCCUAUUGGUCCACACUGAAUCUGAACAUGAGCCAGCCCCCUGCAGAAAAACCCCCUCGCAGUCACAGCAGCAGCAGUAGUAGCAGCAGUAGCAGUAGCUGUGGAAGUGGAGGCUAUGACUGGCACCAGACAGCUAUGGCUAAAACCCUACAGCAGGCCUCACAGAACCACCACAGCAGACUGGGCAUGGUUCAGCAACCCACAGUGGCUGUAUCCACAGCGUCUACAGAACCCAACCUCUUUAGUACCGUCCAGCUGUACCGGCAGAGCUCCAAGCUGUAUGGCUCUAUAUUCACUGGUGCCAGCAAGUUCCGCUGUAAGGACUGCAGUGCGGCAUACGACACACUAGUAGGGCUUACGGUGCACAUGAAUGAGACAGGCCACUACCGUGAUGAUAACCACGAGACAGACGGUGAGGGUGCUAAACGGUGGUCAAAACCCAGAAAGCGUUCCUUGCUAGAGAUGGAGGGAAAGGAGGAUGCACAGAAAGUUCUGAAGUGCAUGUACUGCGGGCACUCCUUUGAAUCCCUUCAGGACCUAAGUGUCCACAUGAUCAAGACAAAACACUACCAGAAAGUGCCUCUGAAAGAGCCUGUUACGCCAGUGGCAGCUAAGAUUAUCUCCUCGGCUCGAAAGAGAAUCCCUAUGGACCUAGAUAUCCCUAGCUCCCCAGACUCUAAUGGAGGCACCACACCUAAGCCCACCUCCCUCAAUGACUCUAAUGACAUACUCCAGAAGGUCACCAACCCUUACAUAACACCUAACAACCGCUAUGGACACCAGAACGGUGCCAGCUAUGCUUGGCAGUUUGAAUCCAGGAAGUCACAGAUCCUCAAAUGCAUGGAGUGUGGCAGCUCUCAUGACACACUGCAAGAGCUAACUGCUCACAUGAUGGUGACCGGACACUUUAUUAAAGUCACCAACUCUGCUAUUAAGAAAGGCAAACCCAUUUUAGAGUUGUCCUCCCCAACCCCCACACCCAAUUUAACCGCUGAAGAAAAGGUCCAGUCCGUUCCCUUGGCUGCCACAACCUUCUCCCCUCCACCUGCCCCGGUGCCUCCUCCAACCAGCAUCUCCCCCACUGCCAUGGUUGUGGAGAUAAAAAAGGAGGAGAAGGAGGAGGAAUGCACUAAAGAGUCCAUCAUCAACAAUGGUAACAAUCUCAACAAGGAGAAGAAGGCAGGAGGUGAGGAAGAGGCUGAGGAGAAGUUUGAUAUUUCUUCAAAAUACUCUUAUCUGACUGAGGAGGAUCUGGAUGACAGUCCAAAAGGGGGUCUUGACAUCCUUAAGUCCUUGGAGAACACAGUAACCUCAGCCAUUAACAAAGCCCAGAAUGGAGCUCCAAGCUGGGGUGGAUAUCCAAGUAUCCAUGCUGCCUACCAGCUCCCAAACAUAAUGAAGCUCUCACUAGGCAACUCCGGGAAGAGCUCUCCCCUUAAAUACAUGUUCCCUGGAGGGGAGAUUCUCUCUCCAACUGGUAAGAUCCAGCCUUUCAUCUCCCCUCCCAGCCGCCAGAACUCCCCCCUACCCAAAAACAACUUCCAUGCUAUGGAGGAACUGGUCAAGAAAGUGACAGAGAAAGUGGCCAAGGUAGAGGAGAAAAUGAGAGAGCCCAGUGGUGUUGUGAGGGGAUCUCCUCUGAGAUGUACCACGCCCUCACCCUGCAACAGCGAGGCAGGGGACUCAGUCCGAGGAGAGUCACCCAAAGAGAAUAGAGCAGGAGGCUGUAAAACUCCAGAGAAUACAAGUGGAGCGGAAAAAGCAGUAGGUGAUGGAACCGGAGCCAAUCACAGAGAUUCCAAUGGAGAUAUUUCCAUAAAGGAGUCUGUGGAGAACGGAGUGGAGUCAACUGCGGUGACAUCCCCCCUUCCUACCUCCCUGUGUGGCAGUACAGCUAUCAUCACAGACCAUCCACCUCCUGAACAGCCAUUUGUCAACCCUCUGAGUGCCCUGCAGUCAGUAAUGAACGUCCACCUGGGGAAGGCCGCUAAGCCUGCCUUGCCCUCUCUUGACCCCAUGAGCAUGCUGUUCAAGAUGAGCAAUAGCCUGGCAGAGAAAGCAGCGGUGGCUGCGUCCACCCCACCAGCACAGACCAAAAAGCCCAGUAAUGACCGCUUAGACCGCUACUUCUACCAGCAACAUCUAAACAACGACCAACCCAUAGAUCUCACCAAAGGCAAACAUGCUGACAAAAACAGCAAUAGUGGUUCUUUGGGUUCAACGGCUCUCUCUUCCACCACAACCACCCCAUCCUCGAUUUCUCCCUCCUCCACUGUCACUAUGACCAAAGCUUCAGCUGCAGUAGCUUCCUUUAUGUCCACCUCCCCUUUGAGAGAAAACGCACUGUCAGACAUCUCGGACAUGUUGAGGAACCUGACAGAAAGUCAGGCUGUCUCCAAGUCCUCCACGCCUACCAGCCUGUCUGAGCGCUCCGACAUUGAAGGUGUCACACAAGAGGAGACAGAAGAUAUUUCACCAGCCCAGAAACGUAAAGGCCGGCAGUCCAACUGGAACCCUCAACACCUUCUCAUCCUACAAGCCCAGUUUGCCUCCAGUCUGAGACAAACAAAUGAUGGCAAGUACAUCAUGUCGGACCUGAGCCCACAGGAGAGAAUGCACAUCUCCCGUUUCACUGGCCUUUCAAUGACUACAAUAUCCCACUGGCUGGCUAAUGUCAAGUACCAGUUGAGGAGAACCGGUGGCACCAAGUUCUUAAAGAACUUGGAUUCAGGUCACCCCGUGUUCUUCUGCAGCGACUGCGCCUCUCAAAUCCGCUCACCAUCCACCUACGUCAGCCACUUGGAAUCUCACUUGGGCUUCCGUCUGCGAGACCUGUCCAAGCUUUCUGGGGAGCAGCUGCUCAGCCAGAUUUCGCAGCAACGUCAUCAACGCCACACCAAAGGACUAUCUGAAAAACUGCUCUCUAAUCUUCAUCCAUCCAGCCACCCUUUACCCUCCUCCUUACCCACAUCCAUUCCCUCUUCCUUACCCAUCUCCCUGGCCUCGUCCUUAACCACCUCUCUGCCCUCAAUUGAAUCCCCGUCACCCUCCCCCGAUGACGACGAUGGCGGGGCUGUGUACCAGUGCAAGCUCUGCAACCGGACUUUUGCGAGCAAGCAUGCGGUCAAGCUUCACCUGAGCAAGACUCAUGGGAAGUCCCCUGAGGACCAUCUCAUGUACGUGUGUGAGCUGGAGAAACAGUAGCACUGGCUACUGGAAGACAAUGCUGCGUUCUUUUGUAAUGGCUCACUCUUUCUUGCUCUGUCUCUCUUAAGCCUUUCACAGACAUUUCUUUCAAAGAAAAGAAAGGAUUAUUAACGUGAUGGAACUGCACAAAGAUGCCAUACAACUACUGUUUUAAGUUUUGGCACAUGGUUUUCAAUUUUGUGUUGUAGCAGUUGUUUUUUUCUUCCUUUUGUCGCUGUGUGAGGUAGACUCACUCUGACCCAAGACACUAUUUUAGUGAUUUCCUUUGACAGGAAUAGAGUGACUUUUUUUCAAAAUGCGCAGAUCGGGGCUGUUGUCAUUGAGAAGUACAGUAUAUGAAGGUUUAAAAAAAGAGAUUCUAAAAUGAAGUGGUGUGUAUUUUGAAACUUGUGUAAAUGGAAUUAAGUUCCUUUAUAUUUUGACAUCACUGGGAUGUGAUAAGCUGCAUGCAUAAAUGAAACAGUUUAGUUAAACAUUUUAUAACUAAAUCUGGUGCACUUUCCAUGAUUUAUUUUUGUUUGUUUGUUUUUCACUCUCCCGCUCGCUCUCUUUAUUUUCUUUUGGGUUUUUUGUGCUGGAGUCAGCAUUUCAAAUUUAACCCUCUGAGUACGUCAAAGCACUUCUACACCUAAGAUCCCAACACUAUUGACUCACGAUUUAAGAUUGUGAAUUAUCUAUUGUGAGAAUUGAAAGGACAAAGUGUGCAUUGUGUCAGACAUACAGUAUGUUGAGUCUAAUCCCAGACAUGAAAGCAUUUUUUCAAAAGGAGAUUCUCUAUUCACUGCAAGGUUUUCAUCUCGGGCUUAAUAUUUGUUUGAGAUAUGUUCACAGAACUUAACACGAGCAUUUUACUAUGUGGUAAAAAAAAAAAAAAAGAAGAAAUCUGAAGUAUUUUACUUUGGUCGAAGAAGGACCUAUAUUAAUUCAGGUCUGUGUAAAAUAUGUAUAUACAAAACAUUAACUAAUUCCUGUCUAAAUUAUGCAUACUUUCUAUAUUUUUUAAUUUAAAAGGAUUAUGACUAUCUGCUGGUGCACAGUAUAUGAAGACAUGAAUACAAUUGUUUUGCACAAUAGUUUUAUAAAUGUGUUAUUUAAUCAAAGGAUACGAAAAAGAUAGGUAGCAAAAGGAUGACAACAGGUGAAUCUUUUUAUUCCCAACUCGUGCUCAAAGGGUUAAAGGCUCUUUUUACCAGACACUACUCUACAUGUGCCGCUGUAUGAACACUAAAUAGAUAUUAAAGGUUGUACAAAAAAGAUGUUACUUUAUAAAGAUAUUUCACAUGUAAACUGUUAUUUAUAAGCACUCUUGGUUGUUUCAUAUCGUUGAAUGCCUUUUCGAUUGGUCCUAUUAUUUUGUUCUGUCUAAUUGCUCUGCCAUGAUUCCACACUGCAGCUUUAUCUUUUUGAGAUAUGAAAGGUAACCAUGGUUACACUAACCUCUUGAGUGACAAGUUCUGCUACAUUUUUGGCAGUUAAUUUGCUGAAGUAACUGACAGCUGCCAGAGUAGAGAAAUAAUAAAAAAAAAAUCCUUAUGUGUAAAAUAUCGGCAUGUAAACAGCACAGAUACUGUAAUGCAUUCUGUGCCGUUAGUCUUUUUCCAUUUCGUUCUUUCGUUUUCUGUUGUUGUUGUUCUUGACAAUGAACCCCCAUUAUAUGACUUCAUAUAACCUUGUUUUCUACUGCAGCAUUAAAAAAUGGAAACAGUUUUUUGCAA